AUGUCGAAAUCUAGCAUUGGAAAGAAGAAGGGCCGGUCCUGGUCACUGUCUUCUUCCACUGCUUCCUCCAUCUCGAUAUCGCCUACCACCACUACACACACGAGCACGCUCCUGUUAACACCCAUUACCUCUCCCGACCAUUCCUUUGACCUCAUCUCCGACCCCUUUGCCGCCGUGUCUCCCUCCGUGUGUCCUCCCUCGACCGGCCUCUCCCCCAUCGCUCCCGUCGUCCCCGUCGCCCCUGUGUCCGCGACCGACGACACCAUCUCCCCCUCUCCUCCCCACUCACCGAACAGCACCUUCGGGCGCCUCUCGAGCUUCAAACGCAGGAUGGCGCGUCCGAUGCAGCGCUCCUACUCCCAAUCCCACGCUCAUGGCAACUAUGGCCUCGGGGCCGGUGCGACCGUGGUCCGCACACCGCUGGAUGCGACGGCGCACAUGCAGCACGCCAGUAUCUCGCAUGCGCCCUCGGUCGUGGCCGGACGCCAGAAGUGCAGCCAGUAUCCCUCGCGCCAGUCGAGCCUGCGGUCUGCGAACGGCUCGCCGAUCGGCUCCCGCCGGCCGAGCGUGACCUCCACCACUGCACCGAUGCAGCGGCCGCCCCGCGCCGAGCCCUCCCUCGAAGGCCCGGCGUUGGCGGUAGAGGAGGAAAAGGUCGAGAUCCAGUUCAUGCGCUCUCCCAAGUCCCAGCCGCGGAAACCGUACCAGCCCAGCCAGUCCGUGGACUGGUCCUCUCAAUCGCAUUCGCACUCGCAGCCCCACCAAAGCCUCCAGUUUCCCAACGGCCAACACCAGAGCUACCAGCAGUACCACCAGCCGCCCUCAAGGCAGAGCUCGCAGCAGGCGCUGGCGCAGAAGUUCCACCAGCCGAAGCCCAGCGUGGCUGUGUCGCCUGCCCCUGUGUCUGGCCACGUUCCACAGACGCACCAAGCGCACGGAGCGCAGGCGGUGCAGGUCAGCCUCUCGCGCUCCCCCUCGAGCCAGAGCACGGCCUUGAGCUCGACCGGCCACGGCUCGACCGCCAGCUCUGCGGGCCCGCAGACGCCCGACACGCCGCGUACCCCCGAGCCCGAGGACACUCUCGACAUCGACAUUGCCUACCACCGCCACCGGCUUACGAGCGGCACGGGCCGGUCGUCCUUGACGAUCACGGCCGAGAAUGCCCAAUCCUCUAUUUCUGGCCACGGCGGUUCUGGGCUCAGCACGUCUCUCGGUUCCUCCACUCUCGGGUCGCACCACAACUCUUCCUUCGGCUCUCGCUCGCAGGCCACACUGCCCACGCAGCCGCUCCAGGUCGGUUCGCUCCGGACACACCGCUCGCACGCCUCCCUGGCGCCCGCGCCAUCACCCCGCUUGGCCCACGUGCCCUCCCCCUCCGUCGCCAGUUUCACGAGUAUAGACGAAGACGUCUCGCCCCGCGUCCCCGGCCCGAUGCCGCGAAGGCGCCCCUCGCAGACCUCCAAGCCCGACGGGCCCUUCACGCCCAUCGUGGUCGGACAUCAGAUCCGUCCCUCCACAGAGACCAGUACGCUCGUCACGCUCCGCUUCGCGUUCUCCCUCGACACGGACCCGAACACACACACCGUCACGCUGACGCUGGACACGCUGCGCCCCGCGGGCGGCAGGCUCGUGCAGUUCGUCGAGGACGCGCUGCGCCCAUACUCUGCAUCGUCGGCGAGUCUGAUCGGGUCGGGCGAGAGUGUCAACUCUGUCUACUCGACAGGCGCGUACGAAGGGGGCGGCGAGGGCGGGCCGGACAUGACGGAUGGAUCCUCUGCUGAGAGCGCGGAAGAUGGCGACAGCGACUUUGAGUACGACCCGAAUCCGUCCUAUCGGUUCUUCCAUCAUGGAGGAGACGGAGCGCGUAUCCCCGAUCCCGGCGCUGCGGCCCGGGCGCCGCGCGCCUCUCUCAUCCUGCCCGACGCCCCUCCCGCCACUCGCCGAGCUGCCCUCGCUCUCUGUGCGUCCGCGCGCCUCGCCCAGUCCCCAGCACCACUGGCUCAGCUCGGCGAGCUACGCGCCCUCGGGCAGUUCGCAUUCCUACUCCAACAGCGGGUGGAGCGGCGCGUCCGUCUCGCGCGAGUCCUCGCAGCGCAGCGUCACAUCCUCGCUCAUGCGGCGGAAGCGCGCCAGCACGUGCCCCUCCGCCAGCGGCGUCGUGACGGAGCUCACGGUGCUGAUCCAGCGAGACGCGAGCGCGUGGCACGCCAUUGCGAGCAGGCUGUGUUCGGGCCAGUGGCCGCUGCUGGACGGCAGGAGGAAGAGGGUCGAGGCCGAGUCCUGGGUCCUAACUUACUCGCACUCUCCUCUCAUCCCGCCUCACCUCGCCAUCUCGCCAUCUCCGGUCAGCCCGACCUGCCCGACGCCAGCUAG